AUGGGGGGGUGUUGCGGAAGCAAUGACGUCACGUUGGAACGACUGCAGCCGGUUUUGGACCGAGGGAUCUCCGGUGUGACGGGCUGUGCCAAAGUCCUGCCACCUAGUCUAGUGCCUCCUCUCACCUUAAUCUGUAGGCAUCCUCUCUUUCCUCUGCUUGCACUAGUUUUCGAAAAAUGUGAAUUGGCGACUUGCACUCCGCGAGAGAGCGGAGUGACCGGCGACGUCUGCUCGUCCGAGUCCUUCGACGAAGAUAUUACAGUAUUCUCUAAACAGAUAAGGGCGGAAAAACCUUUCUUCUCGUCGAAUCCAGACUUGGAUAAUUUGAUGAUUCAAGCCAUACAAGUGUUACGAUUUCAUCUCCUCGAAUUAGAGAAGGUGCAUGAGCUGUGUGACAAUUUCUGUCACCGCUACAUCAGCUGUCUGAAGGGGAAGAUGCCCACUGAUCUGAUGGUGGAUGAUAAAGACGGGGGAUCCAGAUCUGACGGCGAGGAGUUUACACGCACUCCGGGCGGGACAGACCAGGCAAGUCUUCUGCUCAAAUCUUUCUGUGACUGUCUGGAUCAGAGUGUUGCGUCUCCAAGCACAGGAGAGGAGGAAGACCCUGAUAAAGAGAGGAAGAACAACAAGAAAAGAGGCAUUUUUCCCAAAGUGGCAACCAACAUCAUGAGGGCAUGGCUGUUCCAGCACCUCACGCACCCGUACCCCUCUGAGGAACAGAAGAAGCAGCUGUCCCAGGACACUGGACUGACCGUCCUGCAGGUCAACAACUGUUUGGUUUCAGUAAAUGGUCUGGUUGAGCUGGAAAGGGAGUGUUUAGGUCACGGUGGCCCAUACACUCCUGAUGGUCAGCCAAUGGGAGGUUUUGUAAUGGAAGGACAGUCGCACAUGGGCAUCAGACCACCAGCGGCUCUGGGUGGUCUUGGGGGAGUGAAUAUGGGGCUGGAGAGUCAGUGGCACUACAUGUAAACAAACCCCUGGCAUCCUGCUGAACACAGCAGAGCAGAGAGUCAGGCGUUUUGGCGAGAGGGUCGAUCCUUUGCUCACGUACCCGGAUUGGAUUUUGACUUGCACCACCAUGAACGGCCUUUAUUCGACGGUACAAAAACCCCUACAGCUUCACUCUCGAAACCAGGCGGCACAGAUGCAUUCAAGAUGGCCGCCAGGACUCACGUUCCCUGUGAUGGGCAGAUCAAGCGUAUCAGGACAGAGAGAAAACAAUACAGGAUAAAGCAAUGCCUUAACACCUGGACGGAGAUUCCUUCAUGUGACCUUUCACCUGGAACCAGGUGAAUCUUCAAGUGGCCUGGGAGGUCAAAACAGAGUCUCGUCUUUCAACUCAAGUGCCACCUCAAAUGAAGAGUCAUUAUUCUGCAGACAAAAGCCCGGGAGUAUUUUCGCAGCGACAGACACCGACGUCACGCUACCACACGUCUAUUACAGGAGUUCAUGAUCUAAUCUGUGCAGAGCAAUUCAAUACAAAGCCCGUAAAUGUAUAUAAUGCUGCUGGAUGUGUCAAACGUGACACAGAAGAGGUUCAUAAACGCUGGUGUUGCCUGACGGUUUCUCACACAUCAUUAUUUACUGCAGUAGAAAUGCGCUCAGAUGCAUUGGGGCGGUCAAUGGUUUUGAAAGGUACUAGUGCUUGUUCUGGAUUUGACUGACGUGAGCUGAGCUGUAUAUUCACACUAUGUGUGUGUGUGU